AUGGAUCCCUCUGAUCAGGGGGAAUCUUCUGACCAAUCACAUACUAGGAGUGCAAAUGUCCAUUUAGGAUCUCACACUGCAGAGAGAUCAACAGAUCCAUCUAAUCCCAAGGAAUCUUCCUCACCCCAUGAAGGAUUUCACAGGGGUCAGAAUCUAUUCUCAUGUUCUGAGUGCGGGAAAUGUUUCACUCAAAAAGGAAAACUUAUUCAGCACCAGAGAGUUCACACGGGUGAAUGUCCUUUCCCUUGUUCAGAGUGUGGGAAAUGUUUUAAACAUAAAUGCACCCUGCGUACACACCGCAGAAUUCACACAGGCGAGCGUCCUUAUUCAUGUUCAGAGUGUGGGAAAUCUUUCAUUUGCAAAGGAGACCUUGUUAAACACCAGAGAAUUCACACGGGCGAGCGUCCUUAUUCGUGUACAGAGUGUGGGAAAUCUUUCACUCUGAAAGAAAACCUUGCAAAACACCAGAGAAUCCACACGGGUGAGCGUCCUUAUUCAUGUUCAGAGUGUGGGAAAUCUUUCUCUAAGAAAAGAGCGCUUACUGAACACCAGAGAAUUCACACGGGUGAGCGUCCCUUUUUUUGUACAGAGUGCGGGAAAUCUUUCAUUUGUAAAAGAAGUCUUGUUAAACACCAGAAAAGUCACAUGGGCAAGCGUCCUUAUUCAUGUUCAGAGUGUGGGAAAUCUUUCACUGAGAAAAGUGUCCUUCUUAGGCAUCAGAAGAUUCACACGGGUGAGCGUCCUUUUUUAUGUUCAGUGUGCGGGAAAUGUUUCACUCAUCAAAAAGACCUCGUUAGACACCAGAGAAUUCACACAGGUUUAGAGUGCGGGAAAUCAUUCACUCAGAAAGGAGGCCUUGUGAAACACCAGAGAAUACACAUGGGUGAACGUCCUUUUUCAUGUUUAGAGUGCGGAAAAUCUUUCACUAGGAAAGAAAGUCUAGAAAAACACCAGAAAAGUCACACAGGUGAGCGUCCUUAUUCCUGUUUAGAGUGCGGAAAAACUUUCACUCAAAAAGGAGAUCUUGUUAGGCACCAGAGAAUUUACACGGGUGAGCGCCCUUAUUCAUGUUCAGAGUGCGGGAAAUCUUUCAUUUGUAAAAGAAAUCUUGUUAAACACCAGAAAAGUCACACAGGCGAGCGCCCUUAUUCAUGUUCAGAGUGCGGGAAAUCUUUCACUGAGAAAAGUGUCCUUCUUGGGCACCAGAGAGUUCACACCGGUGAGCGUCCUUUUUUGUGUUCAGUGUGCGGGAAAUCUUUCAGUCAAAGAGGAGGCCUCGUUCAACACCAGAGAAUUCACACGGGUGAGCAUCCCUAUUCAUGUUCAGAGUGUGGGAAAUCCUAUACUCAAAAAGGAAACCUGGUUAGACACCAGAAAAUUCACACGGGCGAGCGCCCUUAUAGAAUUCACACGGGUGAGCGUACUUUCCCUCGUUCAGAGCGCAGCAAAUGUUUUAAACGUAAGGGCACUCUUCGUACACACUACAGAAUUCACACAGGUGAGCGUCCCUAUUUAUGUUCAGAGUGCGGGAAAUCUUUCCUUUCUAAAGGAGAGCUUGUUAGGCACCAGAGAUUCCACAUGGGUGAGCGUCCAUAUUCAUGUUCAGAGUGCAGGAAAUCUUUCAUUUUCAAAGGAGACCUUGUUAAACACCAGAGAACUCACACAGGUGAUCGUCCUUAUUCAUGUUCAGAGUGUGGGAAAUCGUUCACUGAGAAAAGGACACUUCUUAUACACCAGAGAGUUCACACGGGUGAGCGUCCCUAUUCAUGUUCAGAGUGCAGGAAAACUUUCACUGAGAAAAAGAUACUUCUUGUACACCAGAGAAUUCACACAGGUGAGCGUCCUUAUGUAUGUUCAGAGUGCGGGAAAUGUUUCACUCAAAAAGGAAGCCUUGUUGAACAUCAGCGAAUUCACACAGGUGAGCGUCCCUAUUCAUGUUCAGAGUGUGGGAAAUCUUUCACUUCGAAUGGAAGCCUUUUGCAACACCAGAGACGUCACAUGGGAGAGCGUCCUUAUUCAUGUUCAGAAUGCGGGAAAUCUUUCACUCUAAAAGGAGUCCUCGUUAAACAUCAGAGAAGACACACAGGUGAGCGUCCUUAUUCAUGUCCAGAGAGCGGGGAAGAUAAUCUUGUGAAACACCCGAAAAUUCACACGGACGAGCGUCCCUAUUUAUGUUCGGAGUGCGGGAAAUCCUUCACUUCGAAAGGAAGCCUUGUGCAACACCAGAGAAGUCACACGGGUGAGUGUCCCUUUUCAUGUUUAGAGUGCGGGAAAUCUUUCAGACUGAAAGGAAACCUUGUUAUACACAAGAGAAUUCACACGGGUGAUCGUCCUUAUUCAUGUUCAGAGUGUGGGAAAUCGUUCACUCAGAAAAGGACACUUCUUAUACACCAGAGAGUUCACACGGGUGAGCGUCCCUAUUCAUGUUCAGAGUGCGGGAAAACUUUCACUGAGAAUAAGAUACUUCUUGUACACCAGAGAAUUCACACAGGUGAGCGUCCUUACGUAUGUUCAGAGUGCGGGAAAUGUUUCACUCAAAAAGGAAGCCUUGCUGAACACCAGAGAAUUCACACGGGUGAGCGUCCCUAUUCCUGUUCAGAGUGCGGGAAAUCUUUCACUUCGAAUGGAAGCCUUUUUCAACACCAGAGACGUCACAUGGGAGAGCGUCCUUAUUCAUGUUCAGAGUGCAGGAAAUCUUUCACUCUAAAAGGAGCCCUCGUUAAACAUCAGAGAAGACACACAGGUGAGCGUCCUUAUUCAUGUUUAAAGAACGGGGAAGAUAAUCUUAUGAAACACCUGAAAAGUCACACGGACGAGCGUCCCUAUUCAUGUUCGGAGUGCGGGAAAUCCUUUGCUUCGAAAGGAAGCCUUGGUGAGCGUCCUUAUUCAUGUUCAGAGUGCGGGAAAUCUUUCCAUAAGAAAGAUAACCUUGUUAAGCACCAGAAAAUUCACACGGGCGAGCGUCCCUAUUCGUGUUCGGAGUGCGGGAAAUCUUUUGUUCUGCAGGAAAACCUCAUUAAACAUCAGAGAAUUCACACAGGUGAGCGCCCCUAUUCAUGUUCAGUGUGCGGGAAAUCUUUCAUCCAUAAGGGAGACCUUGUUAGACACCAGAGAAUUCAUACAGGUGAUCGUCCUUAUUCAUGUUCAGAGUGUGGGAAAUCUUUCACACUAAAAGGAAACCUUACGAAGCACCAGAGAAGUCACAUGAGUGAGCAACAUUAUUCAUCUUCAGAGUGCGGGAAAUCUUUCUCCUUUUCUCCCCCUACCCCUCUGUCUGUAGUUCAGUGCUUGUUUAUGCCAAGGGAGGGUCACCAAGGUGACAAUCUAUUCUCGUGUUUAGUGUGCGGGAAAUGUUUCAGUCGGAAGGGAGCACUUAUUGCACACCUAAGAAUUCACACGGGCGAGCGGCCGUAUUCCUGUUCAGAGUGCGGGAAAACUUUCAUCCACAAGGGAGAUCUUGCUAGACACCAGAGGAUUCACAUGGGAGAGCGCCCCUAUUCAUGCUCAGAGUGCGGGAAAUCGUUUGUUUAUAAGGAAAUCCUUGUCAGACAUCAGAGAAUCCACACCGAUGAGCGCCCCUAUUCAUGUUCUGAGUGCGGGAAAUCUUUCCAUAACAGAAAUAAUCUCGUGAAACACCAGAGAGUUCACACGGGCGAGCGGCCUUAUUCGUGUUCGGUGUGUGGGAAAACUUACAUUUACAAGGGAGAUCUCGGGAGACACCAAAGAGUUCACUCGGGCGAGCGCCCUUAUUCAUGUUCAGAGUGCGGGAAGUCCUUCAUUUAUAAAGAAAUCCUUGUUAGACACCAGAGAAUUCACACGGGCGAGCGUCCCUAUUCAUGUACGGCAUGCGGGAAAUCUUACAUACAGAAAGGAGGUUUAAUUGAACACAUGAAAAGUCACAAGAAAGACAUUCCUAUUCACGUUGAGAGUGCGGGAAAACCUUUUUAA